AUGGUCUAUUCACAAAUGAAUAGACCAUUUCAGCAAUGGAACACAACGUUGGGCACGAGUGCCUCGAACUAUGCUGCAAAAUGCAUCUUCCUGACGCACUCGGGCACGCCUGGAGUCGGCGAGAAUCUUUAUGUCACUUCAUCGAGUGUCGUCACUGGAUUGGGAGCUGCUGCUAGUAAAGCAUGGGCUGACGAGUUCUACAACUAUGGGCCACAGGGAUACACUUUCUCAAGCAAAACUGGACAUGCCACGCAAAUGGCCUGGGCGACCACAAAAACGGUGGGAUGUGGGUAUGCCUUGUGCAAGAAUGGACCAUCCGGCUUCACAAGCUACACCAAUGUCGUCUGUCAAUACUACCGACAG